AUGGUCGAGUCAAUGUUUGAGAUCUGCGAUUGUCCUGCUAACAGUCGAGUGAAGUUUGCUACUGCUACUCUUGAAGGAAAUGUGCUUUCAUGGUGGAAUGUGCAAAUUCAGAUGCUCGGGUUGGCGGAUGCCAACGCCACUUCCUGGAAUGAAUUCAAGGAUCUGAUUAGAGAUUACGUAUCAUUAAGUGUUAGUAAGAUACUUAGGUCUGCACCAACUCCUUUGAACACUAAGCGCGUCGUCGAAUUAGCCAAUGGUAGAAAUAUCGAGGCUACUCAUAUCGUUAACGACUGUAAACUUGUGUUGUCUGAUCAGACUUUUCCCAUCGAUCUUUAUCCUAUCGUUCUUGGAAGUUUCGACGGUCUUAUCGAAAUGGACUGGCGAAAAGAGUGGUGUUGUCAUAGGCAUCACUCAUUCCUAAAAGCCCAGAAACGUUUGCGAAAAGGCCAUACAGCUAUUUUAGCUCUCGUUACCGAUACUCAGCCAAAGGAAAGGAAGAUUGAAGAUAUUCAUAUCGUUCACGACUAUCCCGAGGUAUUCUCUAAUGAAUUACCUGGUCUCCCACCUCACUGUCAAGUUGAAUUCCAAAUCGAGCUUACCUCUGGGGCGACACCUAUAGCUCGUGCGCCUUACCGAUUAGCCCCCGCCGAAUUGGAAGAACUAUCCACGCAACUACAUGAGCUACUAGAUAAGGGUUUUAUUCGUCCUAGCUCGUCACCCUAG